GGAAUCCCAGCGGAUGUGUAACGUUGGCGACUCCAAGCGCGCCUCGUGCGGAGAGUACUUCGUACUCAGAGCGGGGUCGUUAUCAGCAGGCCCCAGAAAUAUAAAUGCGCGAAGCCCAGGGAUCGGAUAUCACCGAACCAGAAAUCUUUACUCCUAACAAGCCUUGGAUCAACGAGUGUUUAGCCAGUGCUUCGAAGCCAUGUCGCAGCCAGAUUAUGAGAUUUACAAGCUCGGAGACUGGGACUUGCAGAGUGGGGAGAAGAUUGUUGAUGCCCAUAUCGCGUACAAGACCUUUGGCGAUCCCAGUCUUCCGGCGAUCGUCUAUCCUACUUGGUUUUCGGGUGCGAUUGCAGACAACUUUUGGUUAAUCGGAGAAGACAAGACGCUCAACCCGAAAGAAUAUUUCAUUAUCAUCACCGCACUUUUUGGUAACGGGCAAUCCUCGUCUCCUUCGAAUCAACCAAGUCCGAGGCCCUUCCCCAAGGUCUCAUUCUACGACAAUGUCCGUGCCCAGCACGAGCUCGUCACCAAGCACUUUGGCAUCACCCACCUGCGCGCCGUCCUAGGCUGGUCCAUGGGAGCCGGCCAAACGUACCAGUGGGCAACGCAGUACCCGGAUUUCAUGGAUAUUGCAGUGCCAUUCUGCGGCUCGGCAAAGACGUCUCUGCAUAAUCAGGUGUUCAUCGAAGGAGUCAAGACGGCCCUCCUGGCAGUGAAGAAUAUUCGCUCGGCUGGGUCUGGGAAUGGCGGAAUAAAGGAAGAUUGUGCUGAGGUUCGGAUUUGGAGCGAUAGAGACAGGGAAGUUGGUCUAAAGGCGAUGGGGAGAGUAUAUGCUGGAUGGGGAUUUAGCCAGGCAUUCUAUCGCCAGAAGCUGUAUGAAACAGCUCUGGGAUACAAAGACCUCGAAGACUUCCUGCAGAAUCAUUGGGAGAAGUGGGCUUGCUCGAAGGAUCCUGAGAACCUGCUGGUAAUGAUGCAGACCUGGCAGAAUGGAGACGUCUCCCAACUGGAACCAUACAAUGGAGACUUUGAGAAGGCGAUGGCCUCGAUCAAGGCAAAAACGCUAGUUCUGCCAGCCAAGACUGAUCUUUACUUCCCACCCGAAGACUCAGAAUACGAGGUCGCCUGUAUGAAGCCUGGCGUCGGAACGCUAGGCGUUUUCCCUUCUAUCUGGGGACGUGAGUACAUCUUUAUUUUAGCAGCCAAAUGGAGCAAGAACAGCGUUGACUCGAAUAAACAGACUGGGCGGGAGGCCCCGGUGACAGCAAGGAGGAUGUCGCAUGGCUGGAUAAGCAGAUGGCCGAUUUCUUUGCGGCUAACCCGCCAGAGGGGGCUAAAGCCUAGGGAGAAAAGCCUCAAGAAACGGUGUAGUUAAAUGGACGAAGCGUUUUCUUGAACGUAUGACCCCUUGAAGCUUUAUUACAAGGGUCAGAGGUGAAUGGUAGUCACGUCCGAGGAAAGUACAAGUAUGAGAGAAAGAAUGCAUCAGCGAAAAUCAACAGAAUAUCAGGUUAAUGCCUGAAUAAAUAGGCAUAAGGAUCAUUAAUUAUCCUCAUCUAACCUUCUUCAUGAACGCUCC